UCGUAGCAGCAGGGAAUGUGGGCCGAGUAUAUACCGGCUCAUCACGAUCGACCGACAGUUCAUUCCAUCUUUGUAAUUCCACUUCGUAAGGUGGACAUCGCUGGCUAUUCACAACUCGACGACCAAUUCACUAGGACAUACACUAAGAGUCAGUAAGAGAUGAGGGCCAUUUAUCUCUUGUUUUUCGGCAUUGUCGCUGUCAGCGCGCAACGUCGUCUUGCCCUACCGGAUCCACGAAGUUGCGCCAACCGAGUACGUCAUUCAACCUACAGGGAUGCACGUGGUGUAGCACAUUCGUACUUCUUCAGUUGGGAACAUCAGCCCACGAGGAGCUUGGAGGUCGACUGGUUGGAUGCCCGUAACAUUUGUCGUCGUCACUGCAUGGACGCCGUUUCGUUGGAAACGCCACAGGAGAAUGAUUUCAUUAAGCAAAGAAUCGCUCGCGGAAAUGUUAAGUACAUCUGGACUUCCGGUCGCAAGUGCAACUUCAAUGGGUGCGACCGUCCGGAUCUUCAGCCGCAGAAUGUAAACGGAUGGUUCUGGUCAGGUUCCGGUGCUAAAAUUGGUCCUACGACUCAGCGCAAUUCUGGCGACUGGAGCAAUACCGGUGGCUAUGGACAACCGCAACCUGACAACAGGGAAGCUGCUCAGGGCAACGACGAGUCUUGCCUCUCGAUCCUUAACAAUUUUUACAACGACGGAAUCAAGUGGCACGACGUUGCCUGCCAUCACGUCAAGCCAUUCGUAUGCGAGGACAGCGACGAACUUUUGAACUUUGUCGCAUCGCGAAAUCCUGGUAUUCGCCUUUAAGAAGACUUUGGAAAAUUUCAAUUAGACGGUCGAGUUGCACCGUAAUUGUACUUUAUAAGAACGUUCUAAUCAUCGCGAUUAUUUUAGUUUAUUUAUAUUAUACUAACCUUUAUGGUAAGUGAGGAGUUAUCAUUAGUAAGCCAGUCUGCAAAGCUACAUGUACAAUUUUGUAUGAUCCCCUUUUUUUCGUAUAAAAAAUAAAUAUGCUGCUAUUACACGUAGCAAGUAGUACCUGCAA